AUGACCCAAAUCAAACCCAAGUCUGCGGCGAUCCCACAGCCCUCGACACCAUCGGGACAAUCAACAUCCACUAUGACCUCUUCACCGCCCUUAUCACCGUCCUCGUCUCGCCCUCAUGCAUCAGACGAUGAGCUCACAUCCGACCUGUCCGAAUCAUGGAUGGAAGUCGACGAGCGAUCUUCUGUCGGUCCUUCGGUCCUUGGCGAUGUCGUCUUCAGCGAUACUAGCAGCGAUUCUCAUGGACUAGAACACGAAACUCGAUCUCAGUGGUCAGCCUCUUCUGAUGGAGGUAGAGAUGGGGAUAUUGAAGAUGGAGGGGCGGUAAUCCUCGAACCUACCCGGCACGAUGAGAUGGAUUCACCUUCACUUACAGGAUAUACCGACGCUGAAGCUUCGACUUGCAAGCUUGAUUCUUCACGAGAGACCCUUCACACCUCCUCGGAUCAAAUCCGACUGAUCUACCCCGACGGAGCAUCUUUCACUACCUCUUCUUCCGGUACUCUCAGCGGAGGUUUCACUCCUUCUGCUUCCAUCUCCGCCUUGACACCUAUGGCUCAACCCGAUCAAGGUCCUCGACCACGAGCAGGAACCAGUAUCGUACAACCAACUAUCUCACCUAUCGUCGCCUUAGGCAGAAUGUCUCCCAGAAGAAGUUCCAGUCCCGUCAGAAGAGGUGUUGAGGACUCAUGGUUGAAAUCAAGUAAAUUAUGGACUCCUCCGACCGAUUCGCCCAACAUCUCUUUGGAAGAUAGGAGUAAAUACCAUCUCCUACAGAGUAAUGACAAUAUCAAAGAAACGGAUGAAGAGGAUAAAGCAUUUCAGGUGAUCGAAGAUCUCGAGAUGCCCAAGCUAACUAUCGGCAACGAAGAAGUCGGUGAUGAAACCCUUACUGGGAAAAGAAUUCAGUCUUUUCUAAAGAACCUCGAUGAAAACUUACCAGAGAAAAGCUUUCCCUCAGAGGCGGCUGAGGCCGCUGAACGCGUCAGAGAUGAUAUUGUAGAUGACAUGGAAGCUCAGCAAGUCCUCGCUGCUGACAAUAUCGAAGCGAUCAAAACGAUUGCAAAGAAGUGGUCGACAAGAGUUUCCUACUUCGCUCUCGCUUCAAUACUCUCAGUAGCCUUGAUUCGAACGUUCGGCUCCAACAUGUUCGUACCCUUCGUCCCCGACUAUAAAGACCCAGCGACCAAUAUCGGUACUACCUCUAUGCCAUUGGAGACCCCUAAAUCAUCGUCCUUCUGGGACCAUUUAUCGUUUUCUUCUCCUGCUGCUACAUUUUCAGCGUCAUCCGCCAGUACACCAAUUACAGCUGUCCAACCCGAUCCCCGUCUGAUCGAACAAGCUUUAUCGACUUUAUCAUCUAUACACGAUAGGCUCUCCUCAGCUGCUAGCACCAAACCCACUGCAGAUACAGCAUAUCAGAAAACAGACAAAGAUGACAAAGCUCGAAGCACCGACGCAAGGUCCUCUACCUCAUGCUGUUCGCUCUCGGUCAGGGAUCACAACGUUGCUCUUACGGUACCACCUGCAGCAAAUCCUCCCGAUUCUAGAGUCUCACUUGCGAGAAAGUUUACUCAGAAGUUACUGAGGGUGAAUAAAACCGACGGACCUGAUACAAAUACCACGAGCACCUCUUCAGCUCCUGUUGUCGACUGCUCUUGCAGCUUGUCUACCAUUGUCCAAUCCCAAAUCCUCGAACGGAUAGUUAAACCGGCAAAAGCAUAUGCUUUGACCACAUCCAGAUAUAUCGACGCUGUUCUUGGCUCAAUACUCCACUCUACCGUUCGACUUCUUGGCUCAGGUCUUCAUACGACUAAUCAAGCUCUAUAUCAAGCCUCGAGAGGUGCAAAUGCUGUCAAGAACCGUAUCAGAGACUUCUUCACCUCUCAUUCACCCGCUUCCAAAGAGGAGUCCCUCGCUCGCGCUUCAGCGAUGUUCGACUCAUUAUCCGAAUACGUCGAGACCCGCCUUGACGCUCUUUCGGACUCGCUGGAUGAACAAGCUGAUAUCAUGCACGAGAAGAGCAUGGAGUGUAUCAUCAAAGCCAAGAAAGGUCUGGACCGACUCAUAUCUGAUUACAAGGCGUACAGGGGGGUUGAGGGCGUUGGUCAUCCGAAACUGAAAUCUACCGAUGUUGAGAAAGAUGGACCAUUACCUUUCACGCAUAUGGAUUCAUCUUACCAAUCGACCAAAGGGGGAGGCGGAUGUAAGAAGACCAGAAGAGGACAAGCUAGACAUGAGAGAAGAAUGUUGAAGAAGGAGUUGAGAUUGAGAGGAAAGAAAGUAAAUAUGAGUAUCCCACCGAUGGAAAACCCUUCAAGAGGUAAAAGAUUCAUGGAUAUGAUACAUCAUGGUGCUAUGGCACUUGUUUUAUGA